ACAUUGCGGGGGCUGGGUGCAAAAAAAAUAAAGAGGGUGGGGAUGGCUGCUUUGAAAGCAAAGGCCACCUACUGUCCUUCAGAUCACAGCGAAAAGAGGUGGAGCUGGAAGAGCAGGUGAAACUGUGACUAAGUGGAACUUGGGUGGAAAGCUGAAAGUUGCAGCAGUGCAGAGCAGGAUUUUGUUGGACAUCAUGCUGGAUGUGUGAGCUGUGCCAGCGGAGUGUGAUAGAUCCCUCUGCUCUAUGAGGAUGGCCAAGGCGCUGAGCCAGGAAGAGGUACUGGACCUCCUCUGCCAAGGGGGUGGGAAGGUGACCAAUGCUUCACUGCUGGGGCACUUUAAAUUGUUUCUUAGAAAUCCCCUGGCGUCUGCAGAACAGCAGCAGAGGAACAGGGAGAAGUUUAAACGUUAUGUGAAUUCAGUAGCCGUGGUGAAGCAGGAGGGAGCUGUCAAGUACGUGGUGCUGAGGAGCAGAUACCGAGAUCUGCUAGGAGAGGACCUUAGGCCACCAACUCCGGACCUUAGUCAACAAACGGAGCAUGUGCACAGCUGUCGUGAGCUUGAUCAAGUUGUCCCCGCUGCUGCCCCUUCACAGGACUGUACAGAAACUCAGGUAGGAGGAGGAUGGAGCAGCCAGAAUGAUGCAGUGCAAUGGCAGGGCAUGGGGUAUGGAACUGGUAGUGAUGAAAUACAGAGCAGGACUGUUGACUGUUUACAGCACAGUAUUGUGUGUCCUGUAGAGGACCAUUGCAGGACUUGGGGAGUGCAUGAUGUAAUAAAUGGGAACCCUCCCUCUCAUUUUGACAUAAAACCCAUUACAUGUGAGACUGUAUCAGAGUCUUAUCCAUCUUCAGCCCCAAUCUUCAAAAUUAAACCCAGCCCAACCCCCAAAUCAUCCAAACUCACAUUCUCACCAUCCAGCCAGACGUCCCAUUCAUCAAAACUUACCUCCUCACCCUCCAGCCAAACCUCCCAGUCUUCCAAACUCACCUCCUCACCGUCCAGCCAGACCUCCAAAUCAUCAAAUGUUACAUCCUCACCCUCCAUCAACCAUCCCUCUUCCUGUCUCCCUGCUGAUAACCCUGCUUUGGUAUCAAACAACUACAAUCAGUCCCAGUCCCCAGAAACAAAUGGUCACUGGAGACAGGUACCUUGUGGAGAGACUAGAAAAGAACUGUUGAAUCCUGUUUUUGUGAAUACAACCUACUGGGAUUUGCAAGAACAAAGGCUGAGUUGCACAGUUUGCAGUGAACCCAAACCUCCAAGUAACCAACUAGCUGGUAUAAAUUCAGAUUGUUUAUAUUCGUCAAAAGUAGAGCACAAUCAACAUACUAAAUGGAAACUAAAGGAUGAAAGCAGUCAACUGCCAGCUUCCCCUCCCUUGUCCAGGUACACAAAUUUAGCACACACUGCUCCCUCCCUUCUGCUCAGGCAAGAUUCAGGUAACAGUCUGCCAGAUGUGCUGCUUGCAGAAUAUCAGUCAGAGACUCUUAGCCCCUCCCCUCCCCUGCCUGAAACUGAUAUGAGAGACUUAUGGAUGUGCCAGUUUCCGAUCUUCAAAAGUAUCAGGUGCCAGCUUUCCUUGCAGGAUCUGGAUGAAUUUGUCGAACAGGAAAGCUGUGGCAGUGAUGGAAGUGAUAGUGGUGAAGGAGGGGAUUGUGAUACAGAGCCUUUGGAGGAGGAAGAAGAAUCAUUAUCUAGUGAUUCAAAUAAGGAAAAGCAAGAAUUAAAAUUGUGUACUUCUAACCAAUCAUUCCUCAAUAAAACUGCUACUUUUAGAAGGCAAACACAUGAGGGAGGUUUGCUUACCACAAACACUGUGGUUGAGGCUGAAAAAGUGGCUGUUCCUGAAAAUUAUUACAGUAAAUCCCCUUACAUUGCCAAAUCUUUUCUCACUGAUCAAGCACCAAUAUUAUUUGAACUUGCUGGCAAUCUCCCAAAGAGCAGAAUUCCUUCACGUGCAUAUGAAUAUAUAUCUUCCUCAGAUGAUGAACGUAAUAAUAGGGAUUUCCAAAAGAGAAGACGCCCUUCACGCUCCAAAAAAACAUCUAUUCCUUUGGUAGCUCCAAAACCUGAUGUGGAUCGACUGUUAAUAAGCAGACCUGUUAGCACAAACAACUUUAUUGUAAAUAACUGUCUUCCGGAAUCUAAACAUGUGCAAUCGCAAUAUAUAUCUAAGGGAAAACCUGAACCAGAUGUUAAAAAAUAUGUAAAUUAUAAGUCUUCCUUAGUACCUUUAGAUCCAAUGGAACAUGACUGGAUUGUUAAAUCUGCAUCAGGAUCCUGGCUUCAGGUAUAUGGAAUGUUUACAAUAGAUCCUCAAUUGGCAUUACGGAAGGAUUUUAUCUCUGGCUACACUGUUCUGCAUUGGUUUGCCAAGCAUGGGUGUGCUGAAAUGUUUCAAAAGGUUGUUGCUGGUGCCAAGAAAGCUGGGAUAGAACUGAAUAUGAAUAUCAAGUCUACUUGUGGAUACACUCCAUUACACAUAGCUGCUAUCCAUGGGCAUCAUAAGAUUGCCAUCAUCUUGGUGGAAAAACUGAAAGCCAAUGUGAAACUGAGGGACAACAGUGGCAAGCGAGCAUGGCAGUACUUGGGCCACACAACUUCUGGGGAUGUGUGGCAACUGUUGGGUGCGCCAAGGGGCAAAACUAUAUUUUCAUCUCGUGCCUUAAAUACAACUCUAAGCACAUCAAGCCAGCUUAACAGAAAAGCUUCCUUGGCUGCUUUUCUUAAGCCACAACACCAAAAAUGGAAAGCAAAUAACCUCCCUUCUCUAAGGGAAAGAGAGAUUUACAGUGACUAAAAAAAAUAAAAAUAAACUUUUUGUGAUGUCAUCCUAGGCUUCCAUGUUUAUCAGUAGGUAAAAAUGGUCCCAGGUUGAUAUUGACCGUGAAUGACUUGCUAAUUUAUGCACUGUUUUUAUAUUUAUUUCAGUAGGCAAGCUCUCUGACGUAUUACUUGAACAAUAUUAUGUUCUUAAUUUUCAGUGUGAAAACACACUUAAUGGGCACAAUUUUAGGUUGAUCAUUCUACAAUAUGUUAUGUAUGUAUAAUCCCUUCCCUAUGUUUAAAGAGACAGUCAACUCCAAUAAAAUGCAUUGCUUAAUAAAUAACCCCUUUAUUACCCAUACCCCAGUUUUGCACAGCCAACAUGCUUAUAUUAAUAUACUUUUUUACUUCUGUGAUUACCUUGCAUCUAAGCCUCUUCUGACAGCCCCUUAUCACAUGUCUUUUUAUUUGUUAUCUAUUGACUUGCAUUUUAGCCAAUUAGUGCAGUGUCAUGCACAACUCCACGGUUAGAGACCACAAUGUUAUCUAUAUAGCUCACAUGAAUUAGCAGUCUCUUUUUGUGAAAAGCAAAUAAAAAAGCAUGUGAUAAGAAGCUGUCAGUAGUGGCUUAGAAACAGGCAGAAAUUUAGAGGUCUAAAUGUUAUAAAGUAUAUUAAUAUAACAAUGUUGGUUGUGCAAAGCUAGGGAAUGUGUAGUAAAGGGGUUAUCUAUAUUUUCAAACAUUAACAAUUUUGGUGUAGAUUGUCCCAUUAAUGUAUCAACUGACAACAAUUGAAAUUUUUGUAUAAAUUCAGAAUUUUAAAAGCCCCAAAAUAUAGUAAAAGGCCAGUAUCUCAAAACUUGCUGUCUAUUUAGCAUAAAGACAAAAUAUAGUGUUUAUUUCAUAAAGUCUUGCACCAGUAUGGUAGUAAUGGUAAAGAGCCAAAAUAUGCACUUUUUAAUGAUCUCAGUUGUAAAAUGUUAUUAAAAUAUUUUUUAUAUAUAAUAAAAAUGUAUAAGUAAAAUAAUUAUCAAGAA